AUGUCAACUGAUAAUAACGGCAAUUCUGUGGAUGUGAAAGUACCUGGUUUGCCAAAAAUACAACGUACGAAGAUUAAGCACAUUCUCAGCCUUGACUCUAAUGCUAAUGAUGAUCUAGAACCAACGAUGAAUGAAGAUGAGCAGUCGAGUAUAAGCGGUAAUGAAAAGACUAUCAAUUAA